CCAAUGAACCCUUCAAACCAACAUGCCACCCUAGCACUUCCGACACAGCCAAAUCUGUUCAACCACAACGGGAAGCGCGUUGUUAACUUUACGCCAAUGUUCUGACAAGGGAAAGCUCAGCAUCGCAAUACCCCAGCAGUCCAUCAACCGGCAACUGCUCAUGAUGGCCGGCUUGUUUUUUCUCAUCGUGACCUCUGUGGUCAUGACCGUGGCCUCGUUCCUCGCCGGCGCCCUCCCGUUGUCGCUCUCCCUCGCGCAGUCCCAGCUGCGGCUCAUUGCCUCCCUCGGAGCGGGACUGCUGGUUGGCAGCUGUCUGGUUGUCAUCCUGCCGGAAGGGAUCGAAGCUCUAGCCGCAGCAUCUGAACAUUCGCACGACCCAGCUCAACCGAUGCCACGGCUGCCGGGGCUGGUGCUACGAGAGGGCGACGAGCCCGCGGAGAAUACCGGCGAACUACCCGCAUUUAGCAUCGGCUUCGCCCUCGUCCUUGGUUUUGCGCUGAUGUUCCUCGUCGACCGACUGCCCCGCCAUGCGACCGAGAGGUUUCGAGCCGCGCCGACAAGUAGGCAUGUCAGCCUGGAAGAUCUUGCCGGGUCAAGUGUGUCCGGGGAAGGCGAAUCCGAGGGCUUUCUGGACUCCCUCGCGCCGUUACCCAAACAGACUCGUGGUCUAGCUACUACAUUGGGUCUCGUCAUACAUGCAGCGGCGGACGGCAUCGCAAUGGGAGCAUCGGCUACAACUUCCAAUCUGAAUGUUGGGCUCAUCAUCUUUCUCGCGAUUUUGGUGCACAAGGCGCCGGCCGCUUUUGGGCUGACGUCAAUCCUGCUGAAGCAAGGUCUCACGAAGCGAGCUGCGCGGGUGCAUCUCAUGGUGUUCAGUCUCGCCGCCCCUGCCGGUGCACUGGCAACCUAUUUCCUCGUCUCGUUGGCCGGAGGCGCCAACUUGGAGGGUGAGUCAGCACAGUGGUGGACGGGUAUGCUGCUCCUUUUUAGCGCUGGUACAUUUCUGUACGUAGCAAUGCACGCCAUGCGAGAAGAGGAAAACAACCCAGCGGGUUACGACCACAGUUCUAGCAGCAACGGGUAUUCCGAGAGCGGUGGCUCCGCUCCCAGGAGAAGAGCGAAACUCGAAUUGAGGGAUACUCUUGCGACCGUGGUGGGCUUUAUGCUGCCAUUGCUGACGCGGUUCGGACACCAUCACCAUUAACAUGUGUAUCUGCAUUUAUUCAACAUGUGUAUCUGCAUUUAUUCAUGGGGGAUCAGGCGUUCUGGUUUAAAUGGGAAGCGAGUCAUACCAGGCAUAGACGGGAUGAGACUUCGAGCAGGCGUUCUGGGUCAUAGCGUUUCUCUCCCUUGGCUGUGGACUCGUACGGUAGUGCAGAGA